GUUGAAGUUACCGUUUGAGGUGAGCUUUGAGUAUCCCAAAAUGUCUAAGUUACCGUUUGAGUCCGUGCAAAUGCCCCAUCCCGAGCUGCUGGGGGCGGCCGUCGCUCUUGCCUUGGUUGGCAUUUCUGCUGCCUUUCUAUAUUACACCAACAAACACAGAGGUUGCUUAAAUCCUAAGAAGUACAUUAAAUUCAAACUUAUUAAGAAAACGCAGCUGAGCCACAAUACUGCAAAGUUCAGAUUUGCUCUUCCUACACCUUCUUCAAUCUUGGGUCUUCCUGUCGGACAACAUGUACUUUGCAGGGGAAAGGAUAGCGAAGGUGGAGAAGUCACUAGACCCUACACCCCAAUCACUUUGGAUUCAGAUGUUGGUUACUUUGAACUGGUUGUUAAGAUGUAUCCCAAGGGAAAAAUGUCCCACCAUUUCAGACAGAUGCGUGAAGGUGAUUACCUGCCUGUUAAUGGCCCCAAGGGGCGUUUUAAAUACAAACCUGGCCAAGCUCGAGCUUUUGGAAUGCUUGCUGGUGGCUCUGGCAUAACCCCAAUGUUUCAGCUCAUUCAAGCCAUACUAAAAAACCCAAAAGAUAAGACCAAUGUCAAUCUUAUUUAUGCCAAUGUUACAGAGGAUGACAUUCUCUUGAAGGAAGAGCUAGAUGCCUUCACUAGUAAAUUUCCUGACCGUUUCAAAGUCUAUUAUGUUUUGAAUCAGCCUCCUGUACCAUGGAAUGGUGGCAUUGGAUUUGUAUCCAAGGAAAUGAUUCAAUUUCACUGCCCCGCACCAGCCCGAGAUAUUCAGAUACUGAGGUGCGGCCCACCACCAAUGAACAAGGCUAUGGCAGCUCACCUGAAUGCACUUGGAUAUGCACCACGGAUGCUGUUCGAGUUCUGAUUUAUUACUAAUAGUUUUUUUCUUUUUGUUUUUACUUUUUAUUUUUUAU